CAUUCCUUCAACACCACACAGCAAUACCCCGCUCCAAGCAACAUCUUCCGGUGGCGCAUCGCGCUCGUACAGCUGCCAAGCACGUAUUCUAGGGACUGCAUCCUGAGCAGCGACUGUCUAGACGCCGCGGAUAGGCUGUCGAUCACAUCGCGCGUCGCAAAUCGCAUAGUUGCACUGCGAAGGCACAAAAGCACCGGUGAUGGUAUCAGCAGCGGAGACGCCUCAGCAGCUGCGGCGUGAGCGUCCACGACCGCCUCCGCCGGCGGUCGUUGAGGCAGAACUACAAUGGAUUUUUGUGGAAGAGGAGCUCGAUCAGGCGCCUUCUAUUCUGGAUGGCAUGCCAGCAGAGGAAGAACGCACAUUACGGCGGAAGGGUGUCAACUUCAUUUUGCAGGUUGGCAUGAUGCUCAAACUACCACAAACCACACUCAGCACGGCCGCUGUUUUUUUCAACCGGUACCUCAUGCGUAACAGCCUGAAGGCGAAGCCUGGGUACAAACCUCUGCAUCACUAUCAAGUCGCCGCGACCUCGUUAUUUCUCGCCACCAAGGUCGAAGAGAACUGUCGAAAGAUGAAGGAGCUGGUUGUAGCGUGCGUACGCGUCGCCCUGAAAGAUCCGAACAAACUUGUCGACGAACAAACAAAGGACUUUUGGAAGUGGCGCGACACCAUACUUUACAGCGAAGACGUUGUACUGGAAAGCUUAUGCUUCGACUUGAACGUCGAAUCACCAUACAAAACCAUGUACGACAUGAUGAAGUACUACGGCGUUGAGCACAACAAGAAGCUGCGCAAUUCUGCCUGGGCAUUCCUAGCCGACUCGGCGCUCACACAGAUGUGCCUGCUGUUUGACUCACGGACGAUCGCAGCAGCAUCUCUGUACUGCGGCACUCGCAUGGCUGAUGUCGCUCUGGACGAAGAUGACAACAAGCCAUGGUGGGAGAUCCAGCAUGUUAAGCUUCGCGAUAUCCGGCGAGCCUGCAACCUCAUGGCUGACAUUUACGAAAGAACACCAGACAAGGAUGAAGAGACGAACAAGUAUUCUGGGCUUAGGACUCCUGACGACGGCCUUGACUUUGGCGACACACCGAGGAGCAUGGAGGGCGUGCAAAUGACAGGGCAAGAUUCGAGUCAAAACCAGCCCACGAAUGGCAAUGCGACAGAGAGAGGUAGCGAAGAGGGCGAGUUGGACGGCUAGGCGGGGCCUGCAAGCACCUCCGAGUGCACCUCUAGCUCGGCCCCUCUCCUUCCUGCGGUGGCAGAUCCAAAGGUCUGCCCACAAUGUACUGGCGAAGCGUUAUGUCACU